GGUGUUUGAUCUUUUUGCUGUCUAGUUUGCAGUUUUUCAGUCUUUUUUUCUCUCUGUUUAAUUGUUUUACUGACUUAAUCAUUUUUCUACCCCUUGUAUGAUUGCAGGAAUGGGCACUAAAGUACAAUGUAAGACGUACUUGCCAGGAUUUUGCUCCAUGAGUGAUCUAAAUAACAACGGAACUAAUACCCCAUGGCUCUUAGAUCAUGAAAAUAAGUCGAGGAAAAGAAGUCAGUGCACUGAUUCAACUUUGUCGUCGCAACCAAUUGAUGGAUACUCGGGAUGUGACAGAGAAAAAAUGAGGCAGACAAUUCUGGAGCAUGAAACAAUUUUUAGGCAUCAGAUCCAAGAACUCCACCGGCUAUAUAGAAGACAAAGAGAUCUCAUGAAUGAACAUCAAAGGAAAGAAAUGUUUAACAGUCAAAUGAAGAUAUUCCAGUCUAGUCCCUCAUUGUCUCAUUUUCCUUCAUUGGAUUCUAUAGCUGGCCAGCUAUCAACGAAAGAUGCUUCUAAGUACAAAUCAUCCUUUGAUUUUACAGAGAACGAUAGUAGGUCCAUUCAUUUCUCCCCUCAAGUCACAAACAGUUCAAGGGAAUGUGAACCUCACCAGCCUGGUAGCAGUUUGUUCCAGAGAAAAAUGUUCAACUCUAGAUAUGUAGUUGAAGAGUGCACGAAUAACGAAGAAGAACAAACUACUAUGAAACAAUUGGGAUUAGCCGGCAUUCAAGGGAACCCUGUUGAGGGAAUUUAUCCAAUCCCCCGAAGAAGAGAUGUGAAGACACCUAGAGCUUUAGAAUUUCAUUCUGAUGCUGAUCUCGACAGAACCAAUUCCUCAAAAAGGACGGAUGAACUGGCAGACUUGAAUAAACCUUUACCACUUGAAGAAGAUCCUCCUUUGGUGCCGGAUAUCAAUAUAAGCAGCAUUACUUGCCUCGAGGAUGGCUGCUUUGACGGGGAGAAGUUCUCUCCUAAGUCACUCAAGGAAAGGAUUGGUAGAAUUUGCCUCAACCACCCGCCUUGCAGGAAUGAAGAAGAGCAGUUAACUUUUAAAUUUAAUGCUGAGCAAAAGCAACCAGAUAACAGAUCUUCUGGAAGACUUGAAACUGCUGAAAAUUUACCUAAAGCCUGUCAGUCAUCACAAGGUCAUGAACUUUUCAAGCACUCUCUCAUUAAGGAAGCCAAGAAUGAGCACCCGAAGAAAAGGACAAUUUUUGGUGUUGAAAUUCAUGAAGAAAAUCAAGUACAAUCUGCUAGCUUUUCCAAUGUGCAAAUGUCUACUCAUAAAUCUCAACCACUUUCUCAGAGUUAUACUGAACUUCUGCGAAACCUUGAGGCCUAUCAAGGCAAUAUGCAUAUGGGAAGUGAUGUCAGAUCAGAUUCAAGUUCAAAGAAUGUACUUCCAGACCAAAAUGUUCUUUGUAAAAGAUCUCAGACAAGUGCUAAAGAUUGGACAAAUACUUUCAAUCGUGUGAAUGACAUGGAUUGUAAAUCUGUUGGAUUAAAGAAUGCCAGAGAUACUUCUGGUGUAUCUCAAACUGAAGCUGCUGGAAAAACACAUGUAUCUGGAGAUUCUCAGAGGAAGCAGGAAAACCCCCGGGAAACAUUGCCUUGGUUAGUCGGGAAAUCACAGGAAUGUGUAGAGCAGACCAAAGGGAAGGAAAGUUGUUAUCACUUAAAUCUGGACUCCUUGCAGAAUUACUCCCAGCAGUUUUUUAGAAGAGAAGACACAGCAGUCAACUCCUCUGAAUUUAUAGAUCAGAGAUGGGGAACCUUGUCAUCGAUAUCCUCCAAAGGUUCUGAAUGCCAGAAAGUUGAAGUUAGUGACAGCACUAAAAUAAGGACAAUUUUUGGUGCUCCAAUUUUCAGUGCCUCCAAGGACUCGCAUGCAGCCCGUUCUCUCUCAAAGGCCACUUUUCCUGAUAUUGACGGUGUUACUGCCACAAUCAUUUCACGGGAUGAGACUGUUUGUACAAAGAAGGUGGAAGCUAAGGAUUUUGUUCAAGAAAAAGAACUAAAUGGUUGCACUUCCGGUUUAAGGUAUCAGAUUGAUUUGAACUUGUCUUUAGAUGAAGAAGAGGCACCAUCCGCACCUCCUCUUCCUCAGGCUGUGGUGAGGAUUGCAACCACUGAGAUAGACUUAGAGGCUCCAGCAGUUCUUGAAUCCGAAGAAGAAUGUGGGAAUUCUAAACUUGCAUUAGAAGAAUCUAACAAGUCGAGUGAGGAAGCCAUGAGGGUUGCUGCAGAGUCUAUAAUUUCGAUCUCAGCGUCUAGUUCUGUAAAUGGAGAUACGAAUGAUGCGUUGCAAACUGAACCUAGUGACUGCCUCAAAUGGUUUGCUGAUUUGGUCUCCUCCCACUCUAGUGGCCAAGAAUACAUUACUAGAAAGAUCAGCUCAGGUACAGUGUCCGGGUUUGAUGAGGAAUCCAUUCCCGAUGGCUUUGAUUACUUUGAGUUUAUGACACUCAAGCUGGAAGAUUUGAAGGAAGAAGAGUAUUCCUAUAAAAUGCUGACAAUGGUGAGCCAUAAUGACGAAGAAACGGGGGCCACUACCUUACCAAAACGGCCUCGAAGAGGGCAAGCAAGAAGGGGCAGGCAACGGAGAGAUUUCCAGAGGGACGUUCUUCCUGGUCUUAUUUCCCUGUCAAGGUAUGAGGUGAACAAGGAUAUUCUGGCAUUUGAAGAGCUGUUUAAAGCUAGUGGAUCCUCUUGGCAGUCUAGCUUAUCACAUAGGAAAACCGGUAAGAGUGGCAGGGGAAGGCGUCGUUUAGCAAACGCUGAUCCUUCCCCAAUAAUUCCUGCUGAUUGCACACCUCCGGUAAACCAGCCUUGUUCUAGUGAGCUGGGGCUCGAGGAAAAAAGUCUAACUGGGUGGGGAAAGAGAACGAGGCGCUUGCCAAGGCAGAGAUAUCUAAACCAUAAUCUUACUCUUCCUCUGAAGCAAUGUUGAUGUAUAGGUUAGACUCACAUCAUGAGUUUGAACCUUGCUGCAGAAAAAAAAAAACUUGAUAGAG